AUGAAAAUUAUAUCAAAAAAGUUUGAGGGUUUUCAGGAUGGUGAAACAAAUAACAACGGUUCAUUAUCGAAACUUCAUAAAGAACUUUGUGAUAAGCCAUGGAAUAAGAUCCUCACCAAAAAUGGAAAUUUGGCGAUACUACGAAACAUUUUUAAAAGAAAAAUGAAAACCAAAUUAACCUACCGUCACAUGUCCACAUUUCUGACGUCUUCUGAAAAUUUGCCGAAAGUCCAGGGUACUGUCGUUGUAGAAGAAGUCAACAGAAUAUCCAAAAGUCUCAUGUCAUCUCGAAAUACAUUCGAAUUAAGAAAGUUGAAACCAAAAAAGAAAAAGGCAACAGUGAAAGACUGCCACAUGUAUCCAGAUGACAUUGAGACACUCAUCGACCGUAUUUUCCACAUCUUCAGUCUUCAAAAUCACAUUGGAAAUACGAAUUGUGGAAACCUGAAAAAUUGGGUCUCAAAAGUUUUGAAAUCGGAAGGUUUCCAUCACUUGGAAAAUUUCGUAUACAAAGAAGCUCCUUUUGCUCGUGCUUUCCGUUGUAAGAAGGUUAUGAAGAAUGAAACGCCAUCUUCGAAGAGAUCCAUCCAAGUUUCAAUUGUCAAUAAUCUGAAAUCAGCUCUUUCUUGGUGGCUUCUGGCAGCUCUUCGUCAAGUUAUUCUUCCACUCAAAAUUCAAAACAAAACAGCUUAUGUGUGGAGGAAUGCAUAUCUGAAACAUUUGAAACUGGGAAUGAGCCGUUUUAAGAAAAUAUACGCUGUGCGAAGAGUAGAUAAGGCAAGAUGUCUGAAGUCCUCAGCCUCUUAUAGUUCGUUGAGAUUUACGAUAGUUUCCAACAAACUCCGACCGAUUUUUCGUAAUAGAUCAAAGGACCGCUUCAAGGAGGUUAUGGAGUGGAAGAAAGUCAAUUCCAUCCUUGCCUGGUGUCUGGAAAAACACGGUAUUUAUCGACAUACUAUCCAAAAAACAUGUGAAGAUAUCUUAAAGUUUUUGAAAAGAAAUUCCGAUUUUUCACAAGUAUUCGGCUACACAGCAGAUGUUUCAAAAUGCUUCUCAACAGUCAGACACGGAACAGUCAUCUGUAUCAUCGAAAGAAUUCUUGAUCAACGCUGUGAUAUUCAUACAGUUUGUGGCAAAGGUUUGGACAAUAAAGGAUUUUCAAAACUACUCUUCGUAUCUAGAGAUUCCGAGAAAGAGGCUCGUCUUGCUCUCACUCGAAAAAUGCAAUCGAAACGAGUGGAACAUCACCAGGUUGUGUAUGUUACAAAAGUCUCGACAAAAUGGCUUUUGGAAAUAACCCGAAGCACAGUCUCAUCCUACUAUUACAAGCGUGGUGAAACAACUUUUAAAGUUACAAAGGGAGUUCCGCAAGGACACCCAUUGUCUUCAAAUCUUGCACAUAUGUACCUCAAUGAUUUUGAGAAGGAGAAUUGGAAGAAUAUAGAAUAUGAUCCGAGAAUGUUUUACUCGAGAUAUGAGGAUGACUAUGUUUUCCUAACCACAGAGAAGGACUUGUUUGAAAAGAUGUCAAAAUCCCUUCUCAACGGCGAAAACCAACAUGGCUUGAUUGCAAAUCGAGAGAAAUGCAAGGAUUCUGAUGAGAAACAAGAAUUGUAUUGGUGCGGUGUGAAGAUUGAUUUGAAGUCUGGAGAGUUUUCAGUCAAGAGAAGAUGCUCGGAUGGAAAUUUUCGAUGGAUACCUAUCAAAUUCUAA